CGCCUGCGCAGUAGCGGCGGCCCGCGGUGUCCUGGGAGGGUGCGGAGGCCGCCCGCCCCGCCUCCGCUCUCGCCGCUGCUUCCCUUUGGCUCCAGGCGGCCACUUCCCUCUCUGGCAGCACGGGCGGCAGUUGCUUGGUCUCUUCAUGACCGCUUUCCCUGCUGUGAGCAUGGCGGCUCGGAGACGCAGGGCUUCCCUGCGCCUCUGCGCCACAGUGUUUUUACUUGACGUGGCUUUCUGUAAAGGAUUUGUAGAAGAUCUAGAUGAAUCUGUUACAGCCUUAGUCACAAGACAUGCCGGGAGUAGGUCUACUUCACAUCAGGUCCCGCAGAUGUUCACGACGCGUGACCAGAAAUUUAAAGACAACCGAAAAGAUGACAUUUGGCUUGUAGAUUUUUAUGCACCCUGGUGUGGCCACUGCAAAAAGCUCGAGCCAGUCUGGAAUGAAGUCGGUCUGGAGAUGAAGAGCAUCGGGUCUCCAGUGAAAGUGGGGAAGAUGGACGCCACGUCCUACUCUAGCAUGGCUUCAGAGUUUGGCGUUCGAGGUUAUCCAACAAUUAAGCUAUUAAAGGGGGACUUGGCAUAUAACUACAGAGGACCACGGACUAAAGAUGAUAUUAUUGAGUUUGCUCACAGAGUCUCUGGGGCACUAAUUCGACCACUUCCAAGCCAGCAGAUGUUUGAACACGUGCAGAAGAGGCACCGUGUUUUCUUUGUCUAUGUAGGUGGAGAGUCCCCUUUGAAGGAGAAAUAUAUAGAUGCUGCUUCGGAAUUAAUUGUGUAUACGUACUUCUUCUCUGCCUCUGAAGAAGUGGUUCCUGAGUAUGUGACACUAAAAGAGAUGCCCGCUGUCCUGGUCUUCAAAGAUGAAACCUACUUCGUCUACGACGAGUACGAAGACGGUGACCUGUCUUCCUGGAUCAGUAGAGAGAGGUUUCAGAAUUACCUGACGGUGGACGGCUUCCUCCUGUACGAGCUUGGAGACACUGGAAAGCUUGUGGCUAUUGCAGUUAUUGAUGAGAAAAAUACAUCAGUUGAACAUACCAGAUUAAAGUCAAUCAUUAAGGAAGUUGCCAGAGAUUACAGAGACCAAUUCCACAGGGACCUUCAGUUUGGCCAUAUGGAUGGAAAUGACUAUAUAAACACCUUGCUGAUGGAUGAACUGAACAUCCCCACGGUAGUUGUCCUGAACACUUCCAACCAGCAGUACUUUUUACUGGACAGACAGAUCCAGAGUGCUGAAGACAUGGUCCAGUUCAUCCACAGCAUCCUGGACGGCACAGUGCAAGCCCAAGGAGGUGAUAGCAUUUGGCAGAGACUGAAAAGAAUCGUAUUUGAUGCCAAAUCUACAAUUGUGUCUAUCUUCAAGAGCUCUCCGCUGAUGGGCUGCUUUCUCUUUGGCCUGCCACUGGGUGUCAUCAGUAUCAUGUGUUACGGAAUCUACACAGCCGACACCGAUGGAGGCUACAUAGAGGAACGGUACGAGGUGCCCAGGAGUGAAGUUGAGGGCCAGGACCCCAAAGAAGAGAGCAAGGAGCCUCUGGAGCCACGGAGCCAAGACGCCCUGGCGCCCCCUCAUCAGGAACCCAAGGAUGUGCUGGAAAAGAAGACAGACUGAGGUUCCACGAGGACAGAAUGUUGGCUGGAAUUUGCAGUUACUCCAGAGUAUUUAUUGAAUUUUGACAGUGAAUCAUGAUCUUUACAGAAGAGACCCUGUUAUUUGUAUUUCAGUGAUACCAUCUGCAUGGAUUCAAAUAGUCCUUACUUCCUGGGGGAGGUAGGUGUGUGGGGCAGAGGAGAAACAUUUGUCUAAAAUAAAGUCAAAACACCUCAUCAGUUCCCCUACUAGAUGUUGUAACAGAUCAAUUCUACUUGCAUGUCUCUCUAUGCUGAAAAUAAGAUUCUUGGGCAGAAUUAUUCAAUUUUGUCAGUCAAGUAGAAGAUACAUGUUUGGACUAGAAUAGUAAUUACUCCAUCUCUGACCAUCCAUUCUCCCCACAUCUUUUAGAUAAGAUUUAUAUGGGCAAAAUUAAGUCUUUAAAAUAGAGUCACUUUACAGAGAACUAAUAACUUUUCCACAGAUGAAAUUAAGAUGACAUGAAUAAAGGGAAUUUGGGUUUAUAGAGCAUAGUGAUUUUAUUUUGCUAGUUAGUAUUUUUAAAGCAGAGGAAAUAUAAAGAAGUAUCUUAACUGUAUACUCAGCUCGCUACUAUAAAAUUUUCAUAUGGGUCUAAAAAAUGUGUGUGAAGGGGGCAUAGCUUUGUUUAAUCUUUGUAGCAUAGAAAGGCUUUACUUGGAGUAAUCAGCCUUGCCCUGGGUGUGUGUGUCUGUGUGUUUCCCCCCCUUUUUUUUAUAGAGACAGAAAGUCAGAGAGAGAGGAAGAGAGAGAGAGAGAAUGAGAAUGUGUGUAAAAGACCACAGCACUGAAGCUUCCUUCAGUGCCUGGAGGCACAUUCGAAUUGGACUGUGCACAGGUCAAAGCAGCACACUGUUCAAAGUGAGCUGUUGUGCCAGCCUGCCCCGAAACUCUCAGCGAGAAAGUCAGUGGUCCUACAGAAAGGAAGGGAAGGGGUCUUUGUAUCUCCUGCCCUUCUUUACAGUAACACUUUGUGCUAUUUUUUUUUUUUAUCAGGAUAUCUUCUGUUGUAAAAUUUUCCUUUGACUAAAAAGCUCCUUUUUUUUAAGUAAUAUAUUUCAUUUUGGUUUUAUGACAUUGUAACUUGUGAUCUAGUGUGUAUGUGCAUACAUGCACAUUUGUAUGUGCACAGACCAUUUACUCACAUUGAUCUAUUCAUGUAAUACCCCGGGCUUGUCAUAUGUUCAGGCUGAGUAAUGAGUGGCUUAAUCUACAGGCAAAAUAUUCUUGCCUGUGACUUAAAGAGCUCUCGUCUGCCGUUACCUUCUCCAUCUGCAGCCCUCUCAACCAUUCUCAGUAGUGGGCUCUCAUCUUGUAUAUAUGACGGUAAAAUGGAUGGAGGGUGUCUGUUUCAAGUAAAGUAGAGCUUUAUUAUUUCAUUAAGUGACAGUAUGGUGUGUUUUAUUGUAAAUCAUUUCUGAGGUCUGCAUUUUUAAGUUUCUGCUUCUUAUUAGGUAGCUAUUAUUUGAGGGAUUGUUCACUAUUGAAUUUUUUAAAUGUUUCAUCACACUCAGAGUAUACAAUUCAUGGUCCUGACACUGAAGCUGUCCCAGGGCUUUCGUCCCCAAGGGCAGCCUUUAGCUGGCUCUAAUGGCCCACUGAUCACAAAGUUGAAAUUCUUGUAUCUCUAGUACUAGGCAUUAUUGGUGACUUUAAUUAUACCCAUGUGCUCUUCUCCUAUUUAAUAACCCACACCUGAAUGCUUGACACUCCACUAUCAUUCUCUUCAGUUGUAAAACACAUACACGGUUACAGUAAUUUUCAGAAAAUACUAGAAUAAAAUGAUCUUCGAUAGAACUCGAAGGAAUAUUCUGCCGAUUGACCGGGUAGAUUCUUUCCUAAAGAGUGCCGAGAAAUUCAUUGGGAAGAUAAAUGGUGACGCUCCCAGUGGUCAAGGUGGUGUUGGCAGCAGUGCAAACACAGAGCCUCCCUUGAGUCCUGGAAGGAACUUAGAACUCAGCUGCCACUAGAGGCAGUGCCGCAGUGUUGUGGACAAUGUCACUGCCCUGCCUUCACGUUUUUGGCUCAUCUGCACGCCUUUGUCUUUCAUCAAGCACCACUUAUAAGCAAAAGACCUCAAAGAGGAAGAGAGUAACUCAGUAGGCACCAAACAAACGUUGGAUCAUCAUCCUUUGAGUUCUGGGCUUUUCUUGUCUUUGAAAGCUUUUGUGUUCUGCUCUCCUUUUCAUGAUUUUGUCAUCAUGGCUCAUUUCCUGUGUGUGUGCUCAGGAUUGUGUCGUUGGGAGUACACAGUGUGUAGAAGGACUGUGAGUACUUUCCUUUUAUAUAAAAAUACGGCUUUUUACUUGUUUUUAUGUUGUUGGACUACUCAAAACAGAUUGAGAAUUUUUGCUCACUUGUACACUUUUCCCUUCAAUGUGAUUAUUGAGACUUCCUAGAAGUCCUAUUCCCACUUCAGGAAACAUUACGUCAACAUAAAGGUGGACUUCUUAAACUAGUAGAGGAUUGGUAUGCUAACUCAGUGAUGUACUUAUUAUGAUUACAUGUCGAGAGGGGAGCAUACCAGUUGGGUUUUUUUCCAUUAAGUUCCAAUAAAAUUCCAUUUCUAACAAAGACGUAGAUGCAUCCUAUUACUUCAUUUAAAGAUGUCUCAACAAAGGAAGUGCAUUUUUGUUUCAACUUUGUACCCUCAAAGCUUGCAGCCACUCUUGUUUGAUGAUGCACGUGGACAUUUCUCGAGCUACCAUUAUCUGAAACUUGUGUGAGGUAUAUCAAAAUCUGAAUGUCUAGAGAUUGAAGAAAGAGUCUGUAUGAAUAGAACUGUAUUUUUCUUGUACUCAUUUUUGUUGGAAGUAUUUCUUGUAUUUUGUUUCAGGGACUUUUUGUGCUGGUUUUGCAAAGAGUAGCUUAAACUGUUUUCACCAUUGCUUCAUGUGUGAUACAAAGGUAGACUGGGGGAGAAAAUCAUUUUGCUGUUCUUAUCAUGCAGAGCCUGUUCCGUUACAACCAUAUGGGAUAUUAAGACUAUCAGCUGGUGGGAUUCGGUUUGCCUUUUAUUUUUAUAAAUAUAUAUUUUUCCUGAAUGUGUCGAGUCCAAGAGUGGGCAAAAAUAAUAAUAAUAAUAAUAAUUUUCUACUUUGGACUAAUCUAUAAAGGUUUUUUGAAAAGUCUGUAUUACUAACUUGUUGAACUUAAGAUACUACCCUGCCUUGUGGCAUCAACUGUAAACCUGUGUUUUCUAAAAUAAAUUGAAAAUAUG